UUUGUUCAUCCGAAGUUCUUCUCCAUUCCAUUGCAAAGAGCCUCUAAUCUCUUCUUCCCUUGGGUGAGGUGCCGAUCUGGAUUGCCCACUCCCCAACGGCGGCCGGUCCUCACCUACCCCUGGUAAUCUCAUUCCGAAGCCCUCCGGCCCGAAGCACCUUAGCUGCUCCGUGCUGGAAUUCCCUCCGUCCAGUCACAUAAACCCGCCCUCCUCCACACUCACAGCACCAGACAGGCCAUGGCUGCUCGCGUAAUAUCACGCUCAGUGAGAGUUUUCUCGCUUUCACAACGAGGCCUCCGUGACCUCCCAGGCUUCCAGAACUUCCCUGCCUUUCAAAAGCUACCUUUCAGCUCUACAGAGCAACGGCGAAGUCUUUCCUCCUAUCUCGUGACACCUGCCGAGCUGGCAGAAGCUCUGAAGAAAAGCCCGCCCUCUCCGAUCAGCCCCGAGCCGAGAGUCAUCCCUCUAUGCGCAGCCUGGUUCCUGCCGAAUGAUGAGCGAAAGGGUAUCGAUGUCUUUCGGGAGACCCGGAUUCCCAAGGCGCGCUUCUUUGACCUCGACAAAGUUAUCGAUAAGCGAAGUCCGUAUCCUCAUAUGCUCCCGACGCCUGAGCGGUUUGCCGAGGCCAUGAGCUCACUCGGUAUCCGCAAAGAAGACACGGUGGUGGUAUACGAUUCGAAAGAGGUGGGCAUCUUCAGCGCGCCGAGAGUAGGUUGGACUCUCCAGGUCUUCGGCCACCCCAAGGUGCACGUCUUGAACAACUUCAGGUUGUGGGUUGAAGAGGGCCACCCCACCGAGUCUGGGGAGCUCUACAACGUCGAAUGCAACGCAUAUCCGAUCCCCAAAAUAGACGAAGGCAGAAUCGCGAGCUACGAACAGGUGCGAGAUGUCGCCCUAGAUCAUAACAAAGAAGGCGCCGAGGGCGUGCAGAUCCUCGACGCGAGGCCGAACGGCAGAUUUACCGGCAAGGACCCGGAGCCCAGAGAAGGGUUGUCGUCCGGCCACAUGCCAGGUUCUAUCAACAUACCCUUCAGCGCCGUUCUCGAUCCCAAGACCAAGGCAUUCCUACCGAAAGAGCAGCUCGUGAAGCUAUUUAAGGAGAAAGGCGUGGACCCGUCGAAACCUAUCAUCUCUACCUGCGGCACCGGAGUAACGGCAGUUGUCAUAGAUACGGCCCUCGAGGAGGCCGGUUACGGUUCUCCGGAGACGCGGCGAGUCUACGAUGGGAGUUGGACUGAGUGGGCACAGCGAGUUAGUCUAUCCGACUCCUUAAUCCGCAAGGAUGAGUAAGGUGAUGCGGGGCGUUUUGUCAGCCGAAUUGAUGAUGAGAUACCCUCUUUGGCAAGGAAUUCAUUACGCUUCCGUAGAUUGAGAUACCUACCUAUGCUCUGCGAGCGCCCCCCCAUUUCUCUCUCUUUCUCCGUCUCUUUGCGAGCAUGAGGCAUGGUUGACACGUGGGGUAUACCUUGAUUUGACAUUGUCCAUCAGUCGAGCACGGGGUAGGGCGCCGUGAGGUAACAAGAUCAGGGGGGGGAGGCAUACCUAGGUACUGUAAAUAGACAGAAUUUCGGGGCCAGAACCCCAGGGCGCGCGAGGGAGAAUUCUACAACGUAACCUACCUAAUCAUCUAGGCAUUGCAUCAGUAUCCUGUACGAUAUAAUUAACAAAAACGAAACUCAUCUCAGGGUAGCAAGACG